AUGGCUUCUUCAUAUGCCAAUAACUCUAUUUUUCUCUUGCUUUGCUUAUGCUUAACCUUUAGCACAAUUGCAUUUGGUGGAAAUUUCAACACUGAUUUUAACAUUUUAUUUGGAGAUAAAAGGGCUAACAUACAAGAUGGUGGCAAUUGUAUGACACUUACAAUGGAUAAAUAUUCUGGCUCAGGCAUUGGUACCAAGAAUGAAUAUUUGUUUGGAAGAUUUGAUAUGCAAAUCAAACUUGUGCCAGGAAACUCUGCGGGCACUGUCACUGCAUAUUAUCUAAGUUCUCAAGGACCACACCAUGAUGAGAUUGAUAUGGAAUUUUUGGGCAACUUAUCUGGUGAUCCAUAUAUUCUCUCAACCAAUUUAUAUGCCAAUGGUAAUGGAGGUCGUGAGGUGCAAUUCUAUCUUUGGUUUGAUCCCACAAAAGACUUUCACAUUUACUCAAUUGAUUGGAAUCCUCAGCGCAUAAUGUAA